CGGAGAAUGAAAUGAGAGCGAGGAAGAACUGGCCACUUUUCUCGGUCGCCGAUUUGGCACGGCAUCCCCUCAGGCCCUCUAUUGCGCAGGCGCAGUUCUACUACGCUCAGCAACAAGAACACCCGCUUUUCUCCUGAAUGUCAGCGGCCACCGACUAAUGGACGUCCGAAGCGACGCCGUCCGAAGGUCCUCCGGGAGUCGCUACCUUUACGGUUCUCUUCCCAGCGCGCCCCUGGCGUGUCGCUCGCUCGCAGGCGGACGGUAGACGGCGCUGUGGCGCGCACAGGAGCGGCCGUCCCAGCGAGCGCGGCUUCGCGAGGAACCUGGCUCGCCAAGGACAGGAGAAUGGCGGCCCUGGGGUCCCCGGCGCGCACUCUGAGAGGCCUUCUGCGGGAGCUGCGCUACCUGAACGCGGCCACCGGGCGACCGUAUCGCGACACUGCGGCCUACCGGUACCUGGUGAAGGCCUUCCGAGCACAUCGGGUCACCAGCGAGAAGUUAUGCCGAGCCCAACAUGAACUUCACUUCCAAGCGGCCACCUAUCUCUGCCUCUUGCGUAGCAUCCGGCAGCAUGUAGCUCUUCAUCAGGAAUUUCAUGGCAAGGGUGAGCGUUCAGUGGAGGAGUCUGCUGGUUUGGUGGGCCUCCAGUUGCCCCGUCAGCCUGGAGGGAAGGGCUGGGAGCCAUGAUGGAGAGAGCCCUCAGAUGUCCCUUCAUUCAAGAAUUUAACCAUUUCUACCAAUAUGUAUUUAUCAUUAAAUAUUUUUUAAACUGUU